AUGUUGCUUUGUGCGGAUUUUGAUAUCAAAGACUAUAAAGAUGUGAUAAAUUCACGAAACUUUUCGGGAAAAGUAGUUUUAGUGACCGGAAGUAGUUCUGGAAUCGGAGAGGGGAUCACAAAACUGUUCUCUAUAUUAGGGGCCAAUGUUGUGGUCACCGGUAGGAAAGAAGCGGAUGUCCAGAGAGUCGCCAAAGAAGUGCAGGAAUUGUCGCCAAAGAAACUAAAGCCAUUAGAAGUGGUCGGAGAUCUCACCAAAACUGAAGUCAUCAACACUUUGAUCGCAAAUACUAUCAAAAGAUUUGGAAAAUUAGAUGUUUUGGUGAAUAACGCCGGUAUGGGUAUGGCAACCAAUAUUACACAAAAAGAUUUAAUGCAAGUUUGGGAUCAGGUCUUCGCCAUAGACUUGAGAGCAGUCGUCGAACUAAUUCACGAAUCGGUUCCAUAUCUGGAGAAAACUAAUGGUACUAUCAUUGAUAUCUCGAGUAUUGCUGCCUUAGCGCCGUUAGCCGAAACCCUGGCCUAUGGACCCGCAAAAGCCGGUUUAGAUAUGAUUACUAGAGUACUGGCCCUUGAAUUGGGAGCCAAAGGGAUUCGUGUCAAUACUAUCAAUCCGGGUACUAUACAUACGACUGAUAUACUGGACCCCAUGUCUGCCCACAUCUAUGAAGUAUCCAAGAAAAUAGCACCUCUUAAGCGAUUGGGACAACCAUUAGAUAUCGCAAAAGCCGUGGCAUUCCUGGCCUCAAGUGAUGCCUCAUUCAUAACCGGCGCUAAUCUGGUGGUCGACGGCGGAGUUGUCUAUAAUUUCGGUUAUCUACACUAA